AUGUCUGCUUUCAAUCGCAAAGUAAAGUUGACUGUUGUCAACGACCUGGUAUGCGCAAACUGCGCCAUUGGGCAACACGAGUUGAUCAGUGCAAUAUCGUAUUGCCAGGACGUCCUUCAUCUUCCGUUAACGUUCGAAAUCGAAUGCCUUCCGUUCCGCCUUAUACCCACGAACGUCGUUAAUGAAACGACUUCAAAAAUGAAGAAAUCCGACUUUUUCAAGGCACGUUUUGGAUGCGAGAAAUUCGAGACAAUGAAGGCUAGUAUCCAGAAGUGGUGUGAAGAAAAGAGUAUUCCUUUAACAUACGAGGGUGUUUUGAGCCAAUCGACCCGGGCGCACAGGCUUUCCCGCAAAGCGUAUCUCAUUGGUGGACAAGACAAACAGCUGCCCCUGCUUUGUAAUCUUUUCAAGGUUCAUCUGGAAGAGGGAAAAGAUAUCAGUGAUAUCGAUGUUCUUGCAGAUAUUGCACAGCAGAACGGCAUCAUGACGCGGGAAGAGGCCGUUACUUUCCUCCAUUCUAAUGAACUUGAGGCGGAGGUGAAUAAUAUGUGCGACGAAGCACGGUCCAAAGGGGUCACUGGCGUCCCGAUGACCGUUAUUGACGGCAAAUGGGUGCUGAAUGGCGGUCAGUGCUCGGAUGUGUUUGUGCAGGUUUUCAAGAAACUGGCUUACGCUGGCGUACACGCUGCCCCGUCUCCGUUUGCAGCACCAGUUCAAGAGGUUUCGACACAGGUUCAUCUCAGAGCAUAG